AUGGAGGCCGACCCGAAAUCCGGCGAAGCGGCGCCGACCGUGCAGGACUUCCCUCUGUAUCUCGACCUCGGCAGUGGACUCACUGCCAAGCUCGAGGAACACGACUACGCCGUCCUCGUAGACCAUAUGCUAGAGUUCAACGCCCGUUGCUUGGGAUUCGACCUCAACAUCGCACCGCUUCCAGGAGCACAUUGCAGCAUCGUUGUCAUCCUGCACCCCGGCGACUUGUUGAAGGCCGGGGGGGAGAAGAUCAGGACCUCGAUCCGGCACGUUGACCCGCAGACCGUGAAGCAGUGGCACCGCGACGAGGCAAUCCGCGUGCUGAAUGUGACCAGCAUGGACAAGGUCAACGUUUCGGGGUUGAAGGGGCUGCGGAAUGGGAUGAUAACAUUCGUCAAGGAGCACGUCGCUCUCAAACGGUCGGGCCAUGUCGGAGUUGCUGCUGACGCAUGUGACGAAGAUGGUGAGGAGGCCCCUUCGGCAUCCCAAGCAGUAGGUGUCGCCCACACCAUCGAUGAUGCGCAUGGGACUUCUAUCGGAGAGCCCGGAGGCGGCGUCGACAAGGAAGAUGAGGAGGCGGGAAGGUCAGAUCGUGAGGAGGAGGAGGAGGAGGAGGAGGAGGAGGAGGAGGAGGAGGAGGAGGAGGAGGAGGAGGGGUGGGGGGGGGGGGCUCGGCGGAGGAGGAGGAGGAGGAGGAGGAGGAGGAGGUGGUGGUGGAGGAGGCGGAGAAGCAGCAAGAGGGGGAGCAGGAGGAAGAGGUCGAGUGGGAGUUGGAGGAAAUGGAGGUGGAAGUACGAAGAGGGAGCGGCGGAAAUGGCUGGGAGGUCGGCAGAUGUUGUGAACGAGGGAGGGGAGGAUGCCGACGAGGAGAAAGUCGGCGUGGAGGCGGCUCACGGGGGAGUGAGAAGGUCGUGGUCGGCGAUGUGGUUGGCGACGCUUAGGAAGUUAUCGACCUCGAGGCCGUUGAAAGAAGGGGAUAAUGCCGCGACCACGAAGCAGACGGGCGUGGAAGGGCCUACCGAGACCACCGCAUGGAAGGCCGGGGGGGAGUGGUCUAGGAAGAAGAAGGCGGCGCGCGGUUAUCUCGGUUCCUCCGCAUCUGGUCGGCAGGCACCGCUGGACGUCGUCGAGCAGCUGCGACAGGAGAACAGGCGAUUGACGGCAGAAAAUGCCCGUCUGGAGAAGGCGCACGGAGAGGAAAGGGGUCGGGUGGACAGGUUUGCGUUGGGGAUACGUGGACUCCUCGACAAGCUCUAG